AAGUUUUUUCACAUGGGGAACAUGCCUAACACGAUUGGAGUUAUCGAUUGUACACAUGUGCAUAUCCAAGCACCUCGUGAGAGGGAGUGGGAGUAUGUAAAUCGGAAGGGGAGGCACAGCAUCAACGUACAACUUGUGGGCAACGCCGACCUCAUCAUCACCAACUGUGUUGUGAAAUGGCCAGGGUCUGUCCAUGAUGCACGCAUUCUAAGACAGAGUGCACUAUACAGAGAGCUCCAAACAAACCGGCCAAAUGGCAUUAUAUUGGGAGACAGCGCUUACCCACUUCUACCAUGGCUAAUGACCCCUUUUCCGGUUGCAAAUACACCUGAGCAAGCACGCUUCAACAUUGCACAUUGCAAAACAAGAUGUGCCAUUGAGCGCUUAAAUGGAGUGCUGAAGAGAAGGUUUGCCUGUCUUAACUACCUGCGAGUAGAACCUAAGGUGGCAUGCAACAUAAUUCUGGCCUGUAUUGUUCUGCAUAACAUCGCCACCAGGCGUCAUGUCCCUUGCGAUGCCAGUGACGCUCAUGAUGGACCUGAGCCUGAGGGACACACUGGACAUGCUAUAAGAGAGGGAAUGCGAGCGCUCAAGCUGCCGUCUGUGUCCAGGCUCCUGGCCAGGAUUAGGAGAAUUGUUUCGUUUUUCCACCGGAGCACCGUCGGCGCAUACGAGUUAGGAGAAAAGCAGAAGCUGCUGGGUCUGCCAUGCCACAAACUCAAAACAGACGUCAGCACCAGAUGGAACAGUGCCUUUGAAAUGGUGGAUCGCUUUUUGGAACAGCAGCCUGCUAUCUGCGCCACUUUACUCUCUCCCCAGAGAAGAACACUUCGUUCAGCUUCUGCUCUGGACCCGAGAUUCAAGGGACUGCCUUUCCUUUCUGAAGAUGAUGUAGCGGAAACAUUUGGAAGAGUUGUUGCUGAAGCUGCAUCACUUGAGCAACAGGUAAGAGUGGAAGAACAUGAAGUCACAGAGGGCACCCAACCUACAGAGGAGCAGAACCAAAGCUCCCCCCCUGCCAAGAGAAGAGCACCAUCCUCUUUGUUGGAGAAUCUGCUGGGGAAUACCUUCUCUAGGGCAACUCAGCCCAUCUCUGCCUAUGCUCAAGCUGAGGAGGAGGUCAACAAGUUCCGUGGUGCUCCACCAGUUCCUCUCUCUGAGGACCCUCUCAGCUGGUGGAGGAAAAAUGAGAUUAUGUAUCCCCUGCUCUCCAAGUUGGGCAAGCGAUACUUUUGUAUUCCGGCCACCAGUGUCUCUGCAGAAAGAGUGUUCUCUACUGCAGGAGAUAUUGUGACUGCCCAGCGGAGCACACUCACACCAGAGCAUGUAGACCAGCUCCUGUUUUUACACAAGAACUUGCAUAUGCCAUGAGCUUGUUUUCUUUGUCAGAUCACAACACUUCAUU